AUAUAUAAAAUUCUCAUGAUUAUAAAAUCAUUACAGACCCGAUUUCAAAGGCUGAUUCUACAAAAUCCAAAACAAAUCUUUAAAAAAAUGUAUUACUCAUCAUCAUAUCAUUCGAGUAUACGUGUCCGACGUGAUCCACGGCAACCGGUUGCAUUUUUUCUUUCAAACUUACCGAAUCCAUCACCAUUACCAUCGAUUGUUGAAAUGCCAUUACCAACGAAAAAAUUAACGAAACGUACAACACCACCGCCGCCACUGCCGCCACCGUCUCUUUCGGAUCCACCAACACUUCAGAAGCCAUCGACCAUUAAAUUAUCAGCAUUAGCAAUGUAUGAUGAUAUGACUAGAUAUUCAAAUUCAAAUAAUUUGGUCGAUUUUAAUGAAGUAAACAAAAUCAUUUCAUUGGUAAAGAAUUUCGAUGAAUAUCGAAAAAAAUUGGCCGAUGCAUUGGAUACGAUUCAUGAACGUGAUGAAACGAUCGUAAAACUACAAGAGGAAAUACAUCGUCUAAAUAUUCAUUGUGAAUCGAUGAAAAAAGCUUUGGCACGUGAAUCAAAAGCCAAAGAAGAGUUUCAAAAAGAAUGUAAUGUAAUGAGAAACAAAAUGGCUUUAUUACGAUCGAUGGUUGCCGAUCAACAACGACAACAAAAUGAUGCUGAACAUCGAACAUCGAACGAUUGUAUUGCAUCCAGGUACAUUGAUAAUACUGAUCAAUCAAGCAUUGGUGAUGAUCAAACAGAUACAGAUACUGGUAGCCUUUUAUUCGAUAAAUCUGAUGAUGGUCUUGAAUCGACGCAAAUUAAAUCAACCGAAUCAAAUCAUCGAUUUGAGCCGAUAAUCGAAGUGAAUGAUGAAAUGGAAAAUGAAUCAUCCGAAUCAAAACCUUUGUUUAAACCGAAAUUAACGGUAAAGGCCAUACGUUCAGCAUCAGUAAUAUCUGAAAAUCAACAACAUCGACAACGGCCACAACCAAUGCCACGUACGGUAAAUCUUGUUCGUAGCCAAACAACAAAACUUGAAGCUGAUCGUCUUGAUUCUCGGCCACAUCGAUUUAUGGAGAAAAAAGCAUUCAAAACAUUACCAUGUACUGUUUGUUCGGUAGCAAUCGGUUUCUAUUCAUCAUAUUCCACAUGUUCAGAAUGUCGAGCAAUCGUUCAUAUUAAUUGUCGUGGUCGUUUGGCAUGUCCAUGUCUUCCAUAUAUGGCACCGAAUACCAGUAUUCGAAAAAUGAUUAGUCUUCCAGGCGAUAAAGUUUUAAGCGGUGGAAAAUUCCUGAUCAUUGGUGAUUUUGUUCCGGAUCUAACUAGACCUUGUGUUCCAGCAAUAUUGAUUCAUUGUUGUAAUGAAAUUGAUCGACGAAUACGUCAGGCAAUGGAAGAUUUUACAACCACUAACACUACAGUAUCAGUACAGGAUUUUGAAUCCCCUGUUGUUGGUGUAUAUCGAAUAUCUGCUACCGAUCAAGAUGUUCGCCAAUUACGGAAUCGAAUUCUACGUGCUGAACAUGGUCUGCCAAAUCUUGAUCGUAUUGAAUCCAUACAUACAAUUUGUGGUGUUGUAAAAAUGUUUUUACGUAAUCUUGAAGAUUCCCUUGUUUCACGUAUUAUGUGGCAUAAUUUUGUUCGAGCUUCAAGCCAAAUUAAUGAAACGAUUCCAAAACAAUUGGCUAUGGACGAUGUCAAUGAUGAUCAUGAUAAACGAGAUUCUGGUGUUGAUGAUAAUAUCAGUGAUCAUACUAGAUCUGAUGGUGAUGGAAUGGCCACCAAUACCAUGAUGAAUAAAAAUCGACGAUUAUUAGUGUUGAAAAAAGUCAUUUGUGAACUUCCAUUACCACAUCGUGAUUCAUUGGCUUUUCUUAUUCGUCAUUUAAAUUAUGUAGCCGAUUGUGAACGAGUAACAUUUAUGAAACGUAGUGCAUUGGCUACGAUUUUUGCACCAACCAUUGUUGGUAAUUCGAAAUUUUGUCCACAAUCACCGGCCGAUUUACAGCGUGAAAUACCCAAACAAAUAAUGGUUAUGACAGCUUUAUUUGAAAUUGACGAUAAAUUCUGGCAACAAUUACUCACUGAAAAUGAUUUUUCCAUUCAAUCAUCAUUUCAAGAAAAUGGUCGAACAACCAACCGAUUGGUGAAAAACAUGUCAUCGACAAUCGAUCAAUGCGAUGAACAAUCACAACAACAACAACAACAACAACAACAACAACAAUCAAAAUUGGUGAAAAAAUCAGAAACAUUCAAACAACCGUCACAACAACAGCAACAACAACAACCGGUAAAAUCGGCUACAAUUAAACGUCAUAGAUCAUUUGUUGAAAAUAUUCGUAAAACUUUUUAUUGAAAAUUUUUUUUUUGUUUAUCUUC